AUGGCAUCAACUCAUGAAGAUGAAUAUGAUUAUCUGUUCAAGAUCGUAUUGAUUGGGGACUCGGGCGUUGGCAAGUCAAAUCUAUUGUCUCGCUUUACGCGAAAUGAAUUUAAUCUGGAGUCCAAGAGUACAAUUGGUGUCGAGUUUGCUACCAAGUCGAUUGUGGCUGAGGGUAAGACUAUUAAAGCACAAAUCUGGGAUACAGCUGGGCAGGAACGAUAUCGAGCAAUUACUAGCGCAUACUACCGUGGUGCAGUAGGUGCACUAUUGGUGUAUGAUAUUACCAAGCAUGGGACAUUUGAAAAUGUAGAACGCUGGCUAAAAGAGCUGCGAGACCAUGCGGACGUGAACACGGUGAUUAUGUUGGUGGGCAAUAAGAGCGAUCUACGUCAUCUACGUGCAGUAUCUACGGAAGAGGCAAUGGCAUUUGCUGAGAAUAACAAUCUGGCAUUUAUUGAGACGUCGGCUUUAGAAGCUACGGGAGUUGACACAGCUUUUCAGCGUAUUCUUACCGAGAUUUACAAGCUCAUGAGUCGCAAGACGAUUCAAGCAGAAGAGAACGCGACGGCAAGUCUACCUACAGGCAAUAGCAUUGCAAUUACGUCUGAGAAUACGACUGAGACCCAGAAAAAGAAGAAGAAGAAGAAGAAUGGAUGCUGCUAG